CAAGUGUCCGGUAUGUAAACUGGCAUCUUGUUGAAAAGUAGACUAAAAGUCAAAUCGAUUUAAAUACGGGGUUAUUCACGCUGCCGUAAAGCUGUUUGCCGCCGAGUACUUGGUGUUGUUGUCGGAAGCAGCACUAGCACAAGGAUGCGCCGCAUUAAAUGUCAUGUUUUGGCAUUUUUGCUGCUUUUUGCGGGAGCGUGUGGCACACUAGCCCUGCAGGAUGUCACGGCGGAUCUCUUUGCUGCAGAAAACUAUGGGACUAUCGCGGCGUUCGGCGAUUUUAACUCGGAUAAACAGACAGACUUCUUCGUCAUAAGAGAACAGAAUGAAGUGGUCAUCUUCCUGGCGGACUCCAAAGCACCUUAUUUCAAACCCAGAAUCAACAUCACUAAAGAGCACAUGGCCAGUGACGGGCCCAUCACUAGCGUGGUUCCUGGUGACUACGAUGGAGACUCUCAAAUGGACGUUCUUCUCACCACGCAGAUCGACUCUCGGACGGCAACUGUGUUCAUCUUUUGGGGUAACAACCAGACUCUAGAACUGGGUGACCGCCUGAAGCUGAACAAGACCUUCACGGAUCAGCCUCUGGUCAUGGACUUCAACGGUGACAUGAUACCUGAUAUUUUUGGAGUCACGAACACGGAUGCCACCGAGGUGUGCUACCUCACCAACAGGGAUCAGGUGUGGCAGCCUGCUCUGACGGCUCCGGUCAAGAUCCGUGUCCCUCACUCCAACGCCUUCAUUGACCUCAACCACGACUUCGCUGCCGAUAUAUUCCUGACUGUCGAAGGACCAGGGUUUCAGACGUGGAUCAACAAGGAUGGUGUCUUCAGCAAGCAGGAACUCAUGCCAGCAAGCGCUCCUGUGCCCAACGUCGGCCAGUCGUCCUUUGUGGAUUUUGAUGGGGACGGAACUCAAGACCAACUCCUGCCUGUGUGUCUGGACCAGGACUGUCAGCACAGCGCCAUCUACCUGGCCAAGUCUGAGCAGACAGAGUGGCUCACCGUGCUGACAGACUUCAAGCAGAAGGACACAGUGUGGACUUUCCCGCCGGGGACUCCCAGCCAGCCGCUGACCCUCCGCAUCGGGGACUACAACCUGGACGGCUUCCCUGACGCUCUGGCAGUCCUCCGCAACUCCAGCAACGGUGGUCAGCGGGCCUUCCUCCUGGAAAACGUUCCCUGCGACAACAGCAGCUGCCAAAGCGUGGGACGGAUGUUCCGCAUCCACUGGGACCAACCGGAGCUGGCCGCCAUCCCAAACACCGUCAUGGCCAUGUUCUUCGACAUCUACGAGGACGGCAUCCUGGACAUCCUGGUCCUGAACCAGGCGGAGGGCAAGAAGGACCUGACGAUCCACGCUCUGAAGAACAACUUUGAUGCCGACGCCUACUUCGUGAAGGUGAUGGUGCUCAGCGGCCUCUGCUCCAGCGACUGUCCAGAGAACGCCACGCCCUUCGGCGUGAAUCAGCCCGGUCCCUACGUCAUGUACACCACAGUGGACGCCAACGGCUACCUGAAGAAGUCCUCAGCCGGGCAGUUGAGUCAGUCGGCCCACUUCUCCCUCCAGCUGCCCUACACCGUCCUGGGACUGGGACGCAGCGCCAACUUCCUGGACCACCUCUUCGUCGGCAUCCCCUGGAAGCACGGCGAGCCGAACGUGAUGAAGCAGGAGUGGACCGCCAUCAUUCCCAACUCUCAGCUCAUCGUCAUCCCCUACCCGCACGAUUACCCCCGCAGCUGGAGCGCCAAGUUGUACCUGACCCCCAGUAACAGCGUCCUGCUGACGGCCAUCGCUCUGAUCGGAGUCUGCCUCUUCAUCCUGGUCAUCAUCGGUGUGCUGCACUGGAAGGAGAAGAAAGCGGACGACCGCGAGAAACGGCAGGAAGCCCACCGCUUCCACUUCGACGCCAUGUGAAGCCGCCAGCCACUCCCUUCGCUGGCCCCGCCCUCCCAUCACCUCACUCGGACUCGUUUCACGGAUCCUCGUUCGCUUCUGUUUAUCGCACCUUUUCAUUCCACCUCUCCCGUCAUUCCAGUCCCGGACCUGAACAUCGCUCCUGGUCGUGGCGGCAGGAAGGGAGGACGUUUGAAGUCACCGCCGCUGUUCUUGCUUGUUCUGACGUUCGUUCCCAAGAAGUUCGCCAUCAUCCAGGGCCGGUCGUGAUGUACCACGUUUACGUACCAGUCUGAGAAAAUGCACCGAUUUUAAAAAGCCCAGAGUCCCCCAGCCCCGCCUCAGAAUCAGCCCCGACCCGGUCCUGCGACCUCCGUAUCCUUCCUGGGCUCCCGGUCACGUGAGGCUAGCGUCGCGUGAGUCAACAGCGCCAUGGCUCUGUGGCGCCCCCUGCUGUGAAACCAAACCGUUCAACCGUCGGCGUGAAACAAAUGCUUGUGGCCGUGUUGCAUCAUGGGAGUGCCAAACUAACCCCGCCCAUCUGCUGAUCAGGUGUUCGGUCCUCCUUCUUUUGCACUUUUUUAAACUACUGAGUCGUUUGUGUAAUUUAUUUGUGGAUUUGAUUUGUUUAUUUGUGGAACAGAUGUUGGCGUCGUGUGAGAAUAAAACUGUUGACACCGUGGUUUGGCUUUCUUCC